CUAUCGGCUUAAGUUAAUAUCUAUCUCUUAUUUAAAUUUAAAGAUGUUAUAAAUGGAAGGAUAGAUCACACUUCCUUCUUACUUGGAUGAUAGGUAAAAAAUCGUCUUAUCUUUAUACAACAUGCAUUGCAGCAUUAUAAAACAUGCAAAUGAUUUGCUGUUUUUAUACAUAUUGUAAUGAAUGUUGCUGGUGGUGUGGAGAAGUUACAGAAAGAUUCUCUAUGAAUCUUUUCUCAUGGGUGACUUUGGUAUUGGUGUACAAUAAGUUUCUGAACUGCUGAAUCCGCCAAGACUGUCAACUUCUUUUAGUGCCAAUGCAAGAUCGGCUAGAAGUUGUGCCUAGCUAGGAAUGUAGUGAAUGAAACGCUUUAUUUAAUUGUUAAUUCGCAACAAUUAUCUUUAUUGCGUAAGCAUAAAAUUUUGACGGAUUAAUUUAAUUAGGGCGCGUACCGUAAUAUUGCAUUACGAAAUUUAAUUCUCAGCUUUGUCUUUUUGCAAAUAAAUUAUGGUGAUUUUGCAUAAUUCUGUCACACUUCAUAACCACGAUAUGCGAUCACAGUCCAAUAUACAUCCAACUCAUUGUUUAAACGGUAUAUAAGUUCCUCAGAAAACCGCGCACGAAGAAACCUGUGAAAUAAUACAUGCGUUAAUAAAUUGGCAGACAUGUUCCACAACUUUAAAAAAUCGUAUAAGAUGGAGACACUCUAAAUAACUUCACAAAAACCGUGCAAAAAAAUAACAAAAAAAUCCAUACUGCAUAUUUAUAAAACAAAAGGAAUUCGUUUUUAAUCCAUAUACGUUGAACAAAUGACUUUUCCGCUUAAUUGUAAAUUGUGUUUACCUCCACUAUUAUCUGAACACUUCUAUCAUUAAUUUCUAUUACCAUUUUUAUAAAAAAUCACACCUCCGAGCAAGUGUUUUGUAAAAAAAACAAUAAAGGAAUAAACCAAACUUAGCAGCAAUAGAAAGAGGAAAGGAUAUGAAAAAAGGCAAAGAUAUGAAUGAAGUAAACUUUUUUUUUUUUUAUGAAAGUUGCCAGCGCAAUAACAUUUCACACGCGACAUUCACUGAAAAUUAACUAUUCUAAUACCUAUAGUAACAGUUGUCACGCGUUUACUGAAGUUCUAAAAAAAAGAAGAAAAGUACAACCAUCUAAAAACAGACGAUUAAAAGGGAAAUGAACUUUGUGAGAUCAGAUUUAAUACUAAGGGAACUUUUGGAAGACCAAAAGACCUUAACUGCAUUUUUAGAUGCCACAUUCGGUUUCCUCAAAAGAAACACAGAUUUUUAUCAUAUCCAAAAGCAUGCGAAUGACAAGAUCGGGUUUCCUCGAGGCAUGAAAGAGCAAAUAGUGAUGAGUUGCUUACAAAAGUAUGAUCCAGAAUGCCAAGCUCAUCAAUUAGCUGCGGACGACAUGAAUGAAGCACCUCCUGCUUUGGAAGAAGUCGAAAUUGUUGCAGAGGAGACCACAGAAACUCAAGAUAUUCGAACGGUACCUGAAAUGAAAAAUUUCAAAGACGAAGACAAGGAAGGCGACAUCACUUGUUUUUCUGAGGUUGAUUAUAAAAACGGUGGUAUUUUCAAAGAUUAUUGUUGGUCGCAAACACUUAAAGAAAUUGAAUUACUUAUUAAAUUGCCUAAACAAGUUAAAUCCAGCAAGCAUAUUAAGAUAGAAUUGACAUCAAAUUCAAUUUUAAUUAAAACUCUCUUGAAUCAACCAAAAAUUCUAAUUAGCGGCCAAGUGUGGUCUAAAUUUAAGCAUAACGAUGCCGUAUGGACUGUGACGGAAGGAAAACUGCACAUAAGUCUGGAUAAAUCUCAACAAGUAUGGUGGGACAAAUUAUUCUGCACAGAACCGUGUAUAGAUAUAACACGACUAGAUUGUGAACAAUAUAUAGAUGAAUUGCCAGAAUCCUCUCAAGUUGCCAUACAUAAAUUACGAAUUCAGGAAAUGGAAAAGGAGAAGGGCAAUAUUGCACGAGUUCCAGGAGAAUUUGAUGAUAAAAGCUUAGAGCAGCUCGACCGUCUAAAACAAGCCUGGAAUGCAGAUGGUUCGCCAUUUAAAGGCCAACGUUUCGAUCCAUCAAUAAUAAAAUUCAAUUAAAAUAUAAAGAUAACAAUUGUACGAAAUUAAAAAC